UGUUGUCAGUCCUUCGUUUAUUUUGUUUUGAAGUCUCUCAAUCUUAGUUUUUCUAUAAUUUACGAUCAAUUCUUUAACAAUUUAUAGCAAAAAUGAGUCGCAGAAAACGCGCAAAGGUAGAAACCCGGGAACUUGAUGAAAAAUUAAAACAAGAUGAUUCUGAAUCUGAUCAGUCGGAAAAGAGUAAGAUUACAUCGUCAAGUCCUACUUCGGUCGGAGGUCGAAGGGAGUCGUCUUCAAGCCGUAACACCGAUGGUAAAGAUGCGAAGGAUAAAAAGGACGAAUCAAAAACGGAUGAUUCUAAGAAUGAUGAUAUUGAGGAAAUUAAUUAUAAAGAAAUGCUUAACAGCCUUGAAGGAGCAGCAUUUCAAUCACGGUUGCCAUUUGACAAGAUGUCAUCUCUAGAAGCAGAGUGUUUCUCUGAUUUACUAGGACCUUCGAGCCAUGCAUUUGUUCAAAUAAGAAACAGGAUUUUAAAGCUUUGGUUUGAGGAUCCUAAGAAGCAGUUGACUCAGGAAUUGGCUGUGCAGAAAAUGGAACCUCCAUACAAUGGUGAUCCAGCUCUAGUAAUGAGAACUCAUGCAUUUUUGGAGAGACAUGGUUUUAUAAACUAUGGUAUCUAUGAGCGAACUACUCCUAUUCCAACCCCACCAAAAGGAAAACAGAGACCAAAAGUCAUUAUUAUUGGUGCAGGAGUGUCUGGUUUGGCUGCAGCGAGACAACUGCAGUCAUUUGGAUGUGAAGUGGUUAUUCUUGAAGGGAGAGAUAGAGUUGGUGGCAGAAUUGUUACCUACCGGAAAGGACCUUAUGUAGCCGACUUAGGUGCUAUGGUGGUGACUGGUUUGGGUGGCAACCCAGUAACAACUCUGUCGGUCCAAAUGAAUAUGGAAUUGCAUAAGAUCAAGCAGAAGUGUCCUCUGUAUGAAGCUACAGGGAAUCAGGUUCCUAAGCAUAAGGAUGAAAUGGUGGAGCGUGAAUUCAACCGCCUUCUAGAUGCUACGUCCUAUCUCUCUCAUCAAGUUGAUUUCAAUUACUACAACGAUACGCCUGUCUCUCUCGGACAAGCAUUGGAAUGGGUCAUCAAACUUCAGCAGAAGAAUGUUAAACAUAAACAGGUCCAACAUCUAAAGGCUGUAAUAACAUUGCAAGAGAGACUCAAGUCGAAUAUAAACAAAAUGUCGGAUAUAAAAGAGCUCUUGCAUUCAAUGAAGGCCGAGAAAGAUGCUUUGAUCGUAGAGAGAGAAAAAGGUGCGACUGGAGACGCGAGCAUCUUGCAAGAAUUUAAUUAUAGACGCCUCAAUAGAGAAAUGAAUUUGCUAUGCAAUGAGUAUGAGACCUUGGUUUCAACUAAUGCUUCUAUUGAGGAAAAGUUGGCACAGCUGGAAACAAAUCCGCCAAGUUCAGUGUAUUUGUCGGUGCGUGACAGACAAAUACUGGAUUGGCACUUCGCUAAUUUGGAGUUCGCGAACGCAACACCGUUGGGGAACUUGUCGCUCAAACAUUGGGAUCAGGACGACGAUUUCGAGUUCACUGGGAAUCAUUUAACAGUGCGUAAUGGCUACUCAUGCGUACCGGUGGCCUUAGCUGAUGGCCUGGAUAUCAAGCUUGGUACAGCAGUCACGGACAUCCAGUAUGGAGGGCCAGGAGUUACUGUUAAGGCUGUCAGUACACGUAAUCCAAGUCAACCGCAAACCUUCAAAGGUGAUGUUGUACUAUGUACACUGCCCCUGGGCGUGCUGAAGGUAGCCGUGGCGAACAAUGGACAAAACCAACAGAACUUCGUCAAAUUUGAUCCUCCAUUACCUGAUUGGAAGGUAGCAGCUAUCAAGCGACUUGGUUAUGGAAAUCUAAACAAAGUAGUUCUGUGUUUCGAGCGAACAUUCUGGGACCCGAGCGCAAAUCUCUUCGGCCAUGUUGGAACGACUACUGCUAGCAGAGGUGAAUUGUUCCUUUUUUGGAACCUGUACAGUGCACCGGUUUUGUUGGCACUGGUGGCAGGGGAAGCAGCAGCUGUGAUGGAAAAUGUCACGGAUGACGUCAUUGUCGGGAGAUGCAUCGCCGUUUUGAAGAGUAUUUUUGGCCACGCUGCAGUGCCCCAACCGAAAGAAUGUGUUGUCACCAGAUGGCGCGCAGAUCCAUACGCUCGUGGCUCUUACAGUUUUGUGGCUGUUGGUUCAUCUGGUACCGACUACGAUCUAUUGGCAGCCCCAGUUCCAGGGGCACCUGGAGAGAAUAGACUGUUCUUUGCUGGUGAACACACAAUGCGCAACUACCCGGCGACUGUCCACGGUGCCUUCCUAUCUGGCCUUCGUGAGGCUGGCCGCUUAGCAGAUCUCCUAAUGCCGCAACCGCCAAUCACGAACGCGAGCGUUGCUGCAGCAACCGCAGCAGCAUCGGCUGCAGCCAAUCAAUCUUAGUUUAAGCUUCAAUAUUUUACUUUUUGCUAACUUUGCUCAAUAUUGAUUUUUUAGGUCUCUUCUUUUGAUUUUUCUUUUUUUUAAAGAUAAAAUUACGAUGAGUCUUCGUGUCCAAUUACGUAUUUGCAUUUAUUUUAAUUUUAAACUAUCUAAUUGAUUGAUUAUUUUUUACUCUAUUGUGAAAAUUCUACUAUCUAAGCAAUUUAUGACUUAAUUGAUUUAGCCAAUUGAUAGAAGCUUAGUGUAUAUGAAUAGAUUAGCUAAUUCGUAUUUUCUGUUUUAACUUCUUUCACUAGAGAAAUUGAAAGCACUUAGCAAAAAUUACUAAUUAAUAAAUUAUUAAUUAUUUUUGUUUAAGCUAUCCUUGACUUCAUAUAUUUUUCAUUAUAUGUAAAAUUUUAUACGUUUCCCUUUCAGUUAUAAUAUUUUUUUAUAUAGAGUGUAUUUGUUUAACAUAUUACACCAUAAAAAUGUGUUCGCUUUAAACGGAAUCGAAAUAUGACUGAAUAUAAUUGUUUAUAAUAAAAAGUUAUCGACUUAAGUGAAAUCCAUUGCAUUUACAAUGAAAUGAAAAACAGUCUGAACAAAAACGUUUUUUUAGAUGACUGACCACUAAAAUAUGAAAUAACGCCGGCGUUUUAAUUAAAUGGCUUUAAGUGAUAUUGCUGGAUUAAAAUUGUAUGUACAGGGUGAAAUUUUACUAUUCAAUUUAGUUUCGUUUUACGUCGUUUACAUAACUGACAUUUUUUUUUAUUACAAUUGCCAUGCAUACUAAAUAUGAAUAUUUAAAUUCCACCCUUUAAUUCAUGGGCAUACAUUAGCUCAAGUGUCUUAUUUUAAUAGCGUUUGAAUAGUUUUGUAACAAUAAAACGAUCCAAAAGUU